AUGGAGGUGGCCUCGCUGGACACCGUGGCGAGCGUGCUGCACUCGUGGGACCUGAGCCUCACGGAGGCCAUGCUCCAGAACAUGGAGGCAGAGCAGCAGCGCCGGGCCCAGGAGGCCCAGAGGCACAAGGAGGCUGAGGCCAAGCGCAUGACCCUCAAGGUCCAACAGCUGGCUAGGGAGCAGCAGCAGUGUCACAAGGAGGCCAUCAAGGACGCAGAGGCCCAGGUGGACAGGCUGCGGCAGGAGGCCCAGAAGGCCGAGGAGGCGCUGGCUAUGGCCAGGCUGGAGCUGCGGGAGCAGACGCAGGAGGGGGAGGAAGAGGCGCCCGGGCUGAAGUGCCAGGUCACCGAGCUGCACGACGUGCUGAUGAAAGAUGUGGGCAACCGCAUUCGCGCCGAUGGCCGGUCAGUGCUCCGGGCCAGAUGUGGGCGAUUUGGGGUUUGGACAGACAACAGUGACUCGAUGGGUGUCCCCAGGUGGCCUCUUGUCAUUGACCCUUCGGGCCAGGCAGCCACCUUCCUGCGCUACCAGGACACCAACUAUGUGGACACAGUGAACCCGGAGCACCUGAAGCCGGAGAGGCUGCGGCUGGCUCUCCUGGGGGCUCUGCGGUAUGGGAAGCCGCUGGUGUUCGACCUGCGUGAGGUAGACCUGUUCCCAGCCGUGCAGCGGCAGCUGGAGGCGGUGCAGCCUGGCCUGGCGCAGACACUGCUGAGCCGAGGCCUGCUGGAGCAGGAGAGGUACCUGUCGCUGCUGCGGCCCACGGAUGGGCCAGAGUAUAGCCCCACGCAGUUCCAGGAGCAGCGCCUGGAGCACUUCCGCCUCUUUUUCGUCACCAAGGUCCAGUGGCCGCCAGCCGAGCAGCUGCAGGUGCUGCUCCCGGUGCGUGUGCAGCUGCCGGGCACAGGCCUCUAG